AUGUGCAGCAACGAAGGCGCCGCUAGUCCAGGCUUGACAUAUCCGAUAUCGACAAUGGGAAAGUUGAAUGAAUCACCGCCGGCUCCAAAUCCAAUGCAACCCAUGGCUGCAGCUAAUGGUUUGUUACCUUUUGACCAUUAUAGACUUCAAUUGUAUAACUACGCCGUUGCGGAGAGAUUGCGAUUUGCGCAAUAUCCCGCACCGUUACCAAUUUAUCCAAGCCCUUACGGACCAAGACUGGCUUUGUCAAUGUCGCUUUUUCAUCAGCGAAUGCUGCAACCUGAAGAACCAAAACCACAACAUAGUUACAUCGGUCUUAUAGCUAUGGCAAUCUUAAGUUCACCGGAAACCAAACUAGUUCUGUCAGAUAUUUAUCAGCACAUACUAGACAACUACCCAUAUUUCCGAACACGAGGUCCGGGCUGGCGUAAUUCAAUUAGACACAAUCUCUCAUUAAACGAUUGUUUUGUAAAAGCCGGUCGAAGUGCCAAUGGAAAAGGUCACUACUGGGCGAUACACCCGGCAAAUGUAGAAGAUUUUCGCAAAGGUGAUUUUCGGCGACGGAAAGCACAACGUAAAGUUAGAAAGCACAUGGGCUUAGCGGUCGACGAAGAAGGCAAUGACAGUCCUAGUCCACCACCGAUAUCACCUACUCCUGGUGCUCUUCCUGUUACCCCGAAUAGUUUGUAUGGCAGUGGAACUUGGCACAGGCCGACGGUAGGACCCGCACCGACUGGUUAUUCUGCGACGGGAAGUACACGCAAGCGGCAAUUUGAUGUCGCUUCUUUACUUGCACCUGAUGAAGAUAGACGAAAGCAACUGCGGCAAAAUGAUAGCGAUGAAGAACAACGCGAAGCGGAAGUUGAUGUGGACGUGGUUAGUAGUGACCACGAAGGCGGACCACCAUCACCUUCAACACCCGCUGACCAUCAGCCAUGGACGGCUCUUGGACCAUGGCCACCCGCUUUAGGAAUCGAUCCUCGACUUUUGGGAAGAUAUUACGGCCAAUUGGCGGCGGCUCAAGCGCGUGUAGGACAAGCGAGUCCUACGGAAGGCUACCAAACUCCUCCAUCCGAUCCCUGA